UGUUUGACUUCUGGGAUGUGCACGGGCCUACAGUGUGUGUGUGUGUGUGUAGGGAUGGUGCUGUCGGUGAUUGUGGUCUGUCUGCUGACCGUCUUCUACGAGGUGCUCAAAGUGUGGAGGGUGUGGCUGGGGAGCAACUCUAAGCUGGCCCAGUCUCAGUCUCCGUACGCCGCGCCCCCCUCCAUCCCCAGCGACAGCAUCUCCGCCCUGGAGAGCAGCCCCUCCGAGUCCUCGCUGACCCCCAUGCAGACACCCCCUCCCACUCCGAACAUCAGACACAGCUGGUUGCUGCACUGUAUCCAGACAGUCCUCCACAUGCUGCAGGUGUCUCUGGGCUACAUGCUGAUGCUGUGCGUCAUGUCCUACAACACCUGGAUCUUCCUCGGGGUCAUCGUGGGCUCUGGUCUCGGUUAUUUCCUCUCAUUUCCUCUCCUGGGUAAGAUCUGAUGGUAUGGACACUUCAGGCAGAGGAUGGAUUCCCUCCCCCUGACUUCAGAGGAUCUCCUGAUACUAAAUGGGGAAACUACUUGAUUGACUAAUUUCAGCGUGUUGUUCCGUUGCUCUGGGCAAAGCUAGUAUUUAUGAAAAUUUGAAACACUUGGGGGGGGCACUAAAGGGGAAUUCCUUGUAUGCUGAAGAAUGAGCUGCACAAUACUAACGCACACUACUGUCGCAAGAAACUUAGCGGGGACAUUUUCAUGCAUAAAGUCAUUCUGAAUGUGGCCUUGGGAUUCAGUUUUUUGUUUUUUUUUAACUAACUGGACAUACUCGGUUCUAAUGUUUGUCUUUGACCAUUGGGACAAUGUGUAUUAAUAUGGAUUUGGUUCUUCUGUGUUAAAGAGGACAUAAUGUUCUGUUUCUGAGGCACAGUCUUGCUUAUCUUCUCAAACAGCAGACAUCUAAGUGAGUGAUGGAUGGGGAAAAUGAAGUCUCCUGGGAGGGAGUGCUGCUUGCUUAAUCUCUUCUUUCUUUGUUUAUUUAUCCUAAAAUGCAUUGGAAGCUAACACCGCAGAGGUACAACACUCAGCGACAGAAAGGCACACGUAUCUUGUGGCAUAUUACGGUUGUUUCUGUCAUUUUUUGUGUUCCUAGUCAACCUUGACAGACAUUUUGUUUUUUUCUAACUAAUACACCGUUCCCUGUAUUAUACUAAACAAUUUAAGGUGUUGUGACACUACAGGUGAUCAAAAUGUUUGAGAUUUCUAAUCCCGUUAAUAAAGGGCUCUGGCUUAGUUGAUAAGACACUGUUAAUGUACAGUACUUUUAAAGUGGAACUCAUCCUGAAGACGUGUGUUUUUGACUGCUUAGUAGUAUUGAAAACCGAUUUUGCUUAGGUUUGUUUUGAGGUGAAAUCUAAAAUCGGACUCCCCUUGGAGCUAAGACUUACAGUCAGAUGUCAUGAGACAGAGUUCAGAUUCAGGAACUGAAUCAUUUGAUUGUAGCUUGUUAACUUCUCUAAUCUCGGCUCACUAGCAGAUCAGUCAUCGUCACACGUGUACCGGGGGACCGUGACACCCGGUCAUGUGGUUCUGUGGCAAUCAUUGACUAACGAUAAACCUGCAGAGAAAAGAGCCUUGCAACUGACAUUUCAGAUGCUUUCUGUUGUAUUUCAACAAGUAUGCUCUUUCCUUUUGAUAUGGAGUAUUUUUACUAGUUUUACGACGGAUUCAUAUAGAAACACGUUGACAUAUGUCUGACGACUUGAGAUUGUUAACUCUUAAAUAUCAAUCAUUUUCUUUGUGAUGGUUUCCUGUCACAAGAAUUUAGUCGACGAAAAUAAAGAAUAAAGUUGA